CCGGAGAUGGAUGUCGGCUUCUCCAAACACCAAUAGGAAAUGAUUAUUUCUGUUAUUAGAAAAACUUAACGACCCGCAUCCGCCGCUCUAUGCAUCCACCCUUGCAUAAGUACUCCUCGGACUCUUUAUCCCCCGUGUUUCAUUAAAAACGACGGAAACUACAGGGGAUUAACGCGGUAGUCACAGUCGGCAAAAGUUGGUCCACGUUGCUGAGGGAUCAUCAGCACUCAAUAAUGUCGAAUAUAUAUCUCUUCGGUCUCUCUGGGCAUCUACUGUGUUACUCCCAGCUUAAACCCAAUUUUUAUUCUCUGCCAUCACUGGAUCUCGUCUCAGGAUGGCAUUCUUACCAUUGACUGCCGUUAUUCUCUUCGCCAGUGUAGCAGCAGCUAUACCCUGUGCAUCUAUCACCGCUCCUGCUGUACCAGGUGCCACUGUCCUCUCAGUUAUUGGUACGGAGAUGCUAAAUAUUACUAUACCGCCCUUUCCAAUCCUUCUUCCCACCGGUGUUUCCGGCCUGAAUGUCUGUAACGUCAAUGUCAACCUUACGCACUCUGGGGUAAACGAUAAUGUUCUUGUCGAAGUCUGGCUGCCACUUGAAGGCUGGAAUGGCCGCUUUCAAGGUACUGGAGGCGGCGGGUGGGCAACUGGUUCUGGUAGCAUUGCACUUGCUGCCGCAGCUGGGGCUGGCUACUCGGGCGCAACGACCGACGGAGGCCAUGCGAACAAUGUGAUAGAUCCAUCCGCGUGGGCGCUCGACAGCAAUGGCACUGUCAAUUCGGGUCUCUUGACGAACUUUGCGUCGCGCUCUCUGCAUGAUAUGGCCGUUGUUGGUAAAGCUGUAACCGCGCAAUUCUAUGGCAGAAGUCCUAGCUAUUCCUACUGGAACGGGUGCUCUACUGGAGGUAGACAAGGUCUAAUGGAGGCUCAGAAGUACCCCGCAGACUACAAUGGCAUCCUUGCCAUCUCCCCUGCUAUCAAUUGGCCGAGCUUUAUUAUGGCCGAGCAAUGGCCGCAAGUUGUUAUGGAACAAAAGAAGACUUUCCCGACUCAGUGUAUAUUUGAUACAUUUACUGCUGAUAGCAUUUUGCAAUGCGAUAUGCUAGAUGGGGUUAAAGAUGGCGUCAUUGGCGAUCCUGAAAAUUGCGCGUUUGAUCCUUACAAGCUGGUUGGGUCAACAGUCACCUGUGACAGCACCGAAGUCACUAUUACACACGCCAUGGCUGACGUCGUCUCCAAGAUCCUCGAUGGCCCUACAAAUAUACUUGGACAACAGCUUUGGUACGGUUUGAAAGUCGGUACUCCAUUCAAUGGCAUCGCCUUGACUGUACCUGGUCCUAAUAGGACAACUAUUGGUGCCCCGUUCCCUAUUUCGGAUUCCUGGAUCAGGUAUUUUCUCAAGCGAAAUCCCAAUUUCAACACUUCUGCCAUUACAUAUUUGGAUUAUUCGCUGCUGUUCGCUCAGUCUAACUCGGAAUACGAGAGAGUCAUUGGUACAAACAACCCCGACCUAUCUGCGUUCUCUGCUACAGGUGGUAAAAUGAUUACUUGGCACGGUCUGUCUGAUCCUCUAAUCUUUCCAGAUGGUACAUUGAAAUACCGUCAAUGGGUUGAAAGGGCCAUGGGUGGCAGGUCCGCUGUGGACAAAUUUUAUCGUGUGUUCUUUGCCCCAGGAGUUGGCCAUUGUGGGAUGGGGUCAGGACCAGUGCCAAUGGACCCGCUCGAUGCCCUUGUCGCUUGGGUAGAAAAGGGAACUGCUCCGGAAACGUUAGCUGCCGCGACCACUGAUGCCAGCGGUGCAACUGUCACCAAGAAUAUCUGUCGGUAUCCGUUGGUCUCUCGCUAUAACGGCAAUGGCGACCCGAAAUCUGCUGCUAGCUAUAGUUGUGCAUCUAGCUUUGCUUCUGCUGCUUAAACUUAGCUAUCUUAACACACAAUAUAUAUAGCUUCCCUAGG